AUGGUGUACGACAGUAUCCGCGCUGAUGUGUGGGAGCAACUCCACACAGAUCGCCCUCGUCGUAAGCAAACGCCUACUCGUGCUGACUUCAACCGCAUCUGCGCCGCGUUCUACCAAGCAGAGAAUUGUCAGAUAUCAUCAGAUCAAGCAGCCCAUGAAAUCAAGACCUACAGAGCGGAAUACAAUAUCUGGGCUUACUUCUGCAAGUUGUUCAGCAGCUUUGGAGAGGAUGCUGGAUUUCCGGGCAAAGAUCCCGCGAACACUUCGCCAGCAUCACUUCAUACGGAGACAACUACCUCGAUGAAGGAGAAGUCCCGCGAUCCAAGGUACAUCACUCGUCGUUCCUCGGCGAGUCCUCCCAGAAGCCCUUCUUAUUAUGUCCCGUAUAAAUCUAUCAACACACUACCUGAUACGCCUGGUUCGAUGCGCGAAUGCCUAGAAAGAACAUGGCGAUCACGCACAGGCUGGAUCGACUAUCAACCACAACUAGGCUGGGACCCCGCAACUGGAGCGCCGUGGAUGACAGUCCGCUGCUACGCCGCGGACGCAUACCCAGCCCUGUCAGGCAGCCAUCAUCGAUACAUGAAGAGCUUCGAGAAGAAGAUCCCUCAGUUCGUAGUCAAGUACGAGAGAUUCGAGAGCUGCAUUCUCAUUUGGCCUGAAUUCAGAGAUCCUGCAGAUCUUUCGAAACCGGAGGUUUGGGAGGAGUUCAAUCGAUUGAGGGCGUUUUUGACGAGGUGGGCGGGAGCACAGAAGGGAGUUCCUGUAUUCAAGGCGUAUAAGGCGUUCUUGGAGUUACCUGAGGAAGAAAGAGGUCCGCUGCCGUUUCCGGAGGGGUUUGAUUCCGAGUACGAUCGAGUCAUUCGUAAGGGAGGCAUGAUCAAGAUCAAAGGAAUGGCAGAUCGUCACGAACAAAGAAUUGGGGAGGAGUCGAAUGGAGAAGAGAUACGUAGAGAACGAGCAGAGGAGAUGGGAGAGGGUGCUGGAGAGGAGUGGAGCAGAAGAGGUCGCCAGGAUGCUGUGGAUGGCAGAUGGGAGAGAAUGGAGCGUUCGAGACAUGAAGAGAGCGACUAUUACGGCUAUCAUAUGACUGACUUGGAUGAGAGACAUCGUUUUCAAGGCAGGGAAAUUGAUAGCUAUCGCCCUCGAUACCGGUCAGGGUAGGAUGUCUGACUAGGCUGUAGGAAAAGACCUGGAGGUUGGGGUCCCGAGUGCGUGUUUGGAAUGGUCGAGUCAAGAAUAAAGAUUGCGAGUAUAACAGGU